GGCAACAGCCUCAAUAGAAAACAGUCGUGAGUCGUGUGUGAACGCAUGCCACGGUCGGCGUAUUAUAUUGUGCGCUAGUAUGUAUGUGGAAUAAAAUACCGGUUUUCUCUCGAGACUAUAUUAAAAAGUUUCCACAUUAUACUUUUAUAUAAGAGAGCGUGAUUGAACAGUAGAUUUGCAAUGAAUUUAAAUGUGGACGAGUUCAUUGAGAAUCUGUUCUCCGAUGAAGCAUUCAAGCAACCAUCUGACAGUAAAAAACCCGAAGAUCUAGAAAUGAGAAUACCCGAAUGGUAUGAUGAAAAACAAUACAAUAAGGCCCGACGCUUUUUUUGGGACAAUUGCUUCCAAAUGACGUCAUCGAUGCUUCUGGGCCUAGUCGCAGUGUUUGCGAUUCCCUCCAUACUGCGAGUGCUGAUCAGCUCCCAUCGCUCCAACACCACAUACACGGCAUAUAGAAGAUACCUCUCUACCUUACUACACACAGUCUCUUGGUUCGAGAAUGAUCUGAUACCUGGCAGCGUAUCGUGGAGAUCUCUGCUGGCUGUUCGCGCUCGUCACAUCAAAGCCAGCCUCUCAGCCAACCUGAAAGGCCAGGGUAUUGUCUCGCAGCGAGAUCUGGCUUUAACGCAGUUUGGCUUCGUUGGCUUUGCCGUGCUCAAGGCCGAAAAAUUCGGAAUACGAGAGAAUGAAGAUGGCGAUUGGGAGGCGUACAAUCAUUUCUGGAGAGUCAUUGGACACGCCAUCGGUUUGGAAGACAGGUACAACAUAUGCCGAAGGAAUAUGGAAGAGACUCGGGAAGUGUGUCAGAUUCUUCUGCGUCAAGUGUUCACACCGUGCUUGGAAAACGUGCCUGAGUACUUCGAGCACAUGGCUCGGGUGAUGCUAGACGGCAUGUGGUGUGUCAACCCGACCAUUCAUCUCGACUCCAUGAUAUACUGGACAAAACACUUGGGCGAUGUGCCCGGAUUUGUCUAUACUGAGGCGGAUAGGAUGAACUUGCAAGAUAGAAUAAGGGAACAGUUGAAAGGCAAAUCAGAAGACAUUGGUGUGGAUACUUCAAGCUUUAUAUCGAAGGCUCCGUUCGAUCUGCCCAACAACCCGCCGCGUUUGCUCUACCUCCACGACUACGACAGACUAGAGACGGUGCCGCCCUACAAAAGGCUUUCAUUCGCGGCGAAAUAUAAGCUAGGACUCAAAACGACGAUCGCCAAUCUGUACACAUCAUACUUAGGCCGAAUAUAUUUCAAUCUGCAUUUCAAAUUCAGUUUACUCUUGAUGAAAUAUUUCCCGUACAUGGCCUUCUUUAGAUUCGGUGUGAUAAAAUCUUACGUGCGAAUCUUUGUGGAAGAUCCGAUAGAUCACGCGGAGCCUAGACCCAACUCUUACUACUAUCAUCAGCCACCGCCCCCGUUGUACAAAGAACUAUUGUCUUUAAUAUGGUGAAGUUAAGUCACCUAACUAUACCUAAG